AUGGCCUCCAAGAAGAUCAUAACCGUCUUUGGCGCCACUGGCAAGCAGGGUGGCUCUAUCGUCCGCACAUUUCUGAAGGAUCCCAAGCUGAAGAAUGCCUGGGCCGUCCGUGGAGUCUCCCGGAGUGUGGAAGGCGAAGGGGCUAAGAAGCUGGCCGCUCAGGGGGUCGAGGUUGUCGCUGCCGACAUCAAUGGUAAGCCGUCCCUGGUCAAGGCGAUGACGGGGGCCGCGGCCGUGUUCACAAUGACCAACUACUGGGAGAAGAUGGACAUGGAGCUCGAAAUCCAGCAGGGCAAGAACCUUGCCGACGCUGCCAAGGAGGCCGGAGUCAACCACUACAUCUGGAGCUCCUUGCUCAACGUCACUAAGCUGACCAACGGCAAGCUGCCACACGUGUACCACUCCGACAGCAAGGCGCAGGUCGAGGACUUCGUCCGCGAGAAUGAGAUAUCUAAUUGGUGGUUGAAUAGCUAA